AUGUCCUCCGAUACCACCGGCUCGCGGGUCGAGCUAUACGACUCGGCCAUGACGGUCCCUUCCGACUCGGAAAACUACGAGUCCCCAUCGUCGCCUCCUUCCACAUCAGGAUCUCCAAUGAUUCUCUACAAGCCGCCCUCCGUUUGGGGUCUUCUUCGUGGCGCGGCGAUCAAUCUGUUCCUCCCGUUCGUGAACGGCCUCAUGCUGGGCUUCGGCGAGCUCUUCGCUCAUGAAGCGGCCUUCCGACUUGGAUGGUCCAACACUAAGAUUUUCCCAGCGUACCGCAGAGCACAUGCUGUAGGCCCUGGGGUGGAAGUUCGGGAACUUCCUUCAGAGCGCAGGCGGUACACGUCUGCCACGGGCCUGAACGAUACCACUUCUCUCGAAUAA